AUGCAGGCGCACCAUCUCUGCACGCGCAUCGAGUCGCGCACGCUGCCCCUCGCGCUGCGGACCAUUGAGCCGCGAGAUGCGCCCCGGCACGCGGCCAUCCUGACCGCUGACGCUGGCGCCUCCGACCCUUCGGCAGCCGGCGUGUCGGCCUCGCGGUCCGAGGAGCUCAUUGCCGGGCAGCGCGAGUCCGCCGCCGUGCCGACUGUUCUCGGGCCCGACGGCGCCGUGGCCAGCGGCCCGGCGAGGGUGAAUAUGGUGCUGGUGCUCAAGGCGCCCGAGGGCGAGAAGGUCAUUGGGCUGGGUGGGUUCGGCGCAAUCGAGGACCGGGAGAGGAACGGGGCCAGAAUCCGUGCCGGCGACGCGGGAGUCGUCAUUGACGAGGCGUACCGGGGGAACGGGUACGCCGUCGAGGCCAUGAAGAUGGCCAUGGCGUGGGCCUUUACGCCCGUGGCAGACGGCGGUCCGCAGUUGGAUAUCGUCUCGGUCACCACCACGGCCACCAACAAGCCCAUGCUGGCCUUGGCCGAGGACAAGUUGGGAUUGAAGGGCAAGGGGGUCCUGAGGCAUCAUGAGUUUGGCCAUGCCGCUGGGGAGAUGUACUACGAGCUGACGGCUGAGGACUGGAGCCACAUGAACAAGAAGUCGUAA